CUUGCAUGAAUCACUGAUAUGACACCACCUCGAUCAGCGUCUUAGACAGAGUGAAGUCGCUUAAAUACAUCCCCUUUCUCUCUCUCUCUUUCAGACGACCGCAUAAUGGGUUUUGUUCUCAUCCCAAUCCGCAAGCCCCGCCUCUAUCAACAAGAAGCUCUCUCUAACGGAAACAAACCCGGGAUUGCAGAACUAGCACGAUUCAUCGACAAGGUGAAGCGUGAUACGGUGAUUUUCAAGGAGGAACUCGAGAUGGUGUCACGAGAGACCGAGAUAUUGAGGCUGGAUGUCACACGUUUGAAGGAGGAAACUGAAGGGCUCAAGCGGGAUAUCGAAAGUCUGGAACGAAGAAAUAAGCAAGGAGAUGAAGACUUGCAGCUACUUAUCGAUGGUCUGGAGCACGCCAUGAAGAGAAAAAUUGAAGGUCGGGGGCAGGAAACGGACGCCAUGAAGUGCAGCAGUUCAAGGGGGGAGAUUUGAGAGAGGUGCAAUUGAAGAUGGUGGAAACGAUGUUUGCGAUAAAUGUAUCUUCCACAUCUCAUUCGCCUAGUGAACUGACAGUGGCAUGCAAACCAAAUUA